CAGAGCCUUCAAGUGAAGCUGUCUAAUUCCUAUUAAGGAAAUUUAUUGCUGUAAGCACCUUUCUUCAAUCUUCAGCAGGAUGUGCUUUUGUCCCACAAUUGUUCUCAAAGUUGUACUUUUGUUUAUAAUACCCAUAACCGCUGGAUUUAAUGGCGCACAAAUAGCAAAAGAUGUUUCUAUAUGGAAUGCAUUAGAGGGACACCAUUAUGUUAUGAUCGUUAUUAGCCUAUCAUUGUCCGCAGUUGUACUGUCGACUUUAGUUGUUUUAAUAUAUGCGACGAUCUGGAAUAAAAUUCGAAUUCUAAAAGUGAUAAUGUUGGUUUUUGUAGUAAUUGUCUUGGUGAAAUUGGUGAUUCUAUUUGUGUGUAUAAGUACGGAAUUGAAUCCGGGUAAGACGGCAGCCCAUCCCAUGUUUAUGGUAUGCUGGGUCCUUACGUUUUUAUGUAUGGCCGCUAUAAUCCUAUACUGGCUUCGGCUAUAUGACAUUGCAAACGAAGCCGAUUGAACUGAAACUAUUGUAUUGAACUGGAAGUUUCUUUUCUUCCAAGCAUUUUAAUGGCUUUCAAGGCCUUUAAAAU